GCCAUGGCGGUGGCAUUGGAUGCAGUAUGGGUGCGGGUGAAGGGGGUUUGCAAACAGAACGGUCUGCUGAUACUCUCAGUGCUGGCUGUCAUCAUCGGGUGCCUGCUGGGGUUCUUUCUGCGCACCAAGCAGCUCUCUGAGCAGGAAGUGAAGUACUUCCAGUUCCCGGGAGAGCUCCUGAUGAGGAUGCUGAAGAUGCUGAUUCUGCCUCUCGUUGUGUCCAGUUUGAUGUCAGGCUUGGCCGCCCUGGAGCCUAAGUGUUCCAGCAGGCUGGGGCUCAUCACUGUCUCCUACUACCUGUGGACCACCUUCCUGGCAGUGGUGGUGGGCAUUGUCAUGGUGCUGAUCAUCCACCCGGGCGGCGUGGCCCAGAAAGAGGACAGUGAGGACAGCAGCAAGCCCAUCAUGAGCUCCGCCGACGCCCUGCUCGACCUUAUACGGAACAUGUUUCCAGCCAAUCUGGUUCAAGCCACCUUUCAGCAGUACCGCACCAACAGUGUCCCCAUCAUGAAGACACCCAAGACCACGGUCAGCAGCCUGACAGAGACAACCACACGCCGGCCUCUCAUCUAUGAUGUACAGGACGAUAAUGGCUCUGAUGUCCAGAACUUCCAGCUGGACCUGACGCCUCCACCGGACGUGGUGUUCCGCACGCUGCCCGGUACCAGCGAAGGCAUGAACGUACUGGGCAUCGUCAUCUUCUCCGCUACAAUGGGCAUUAUGCUGGGUAGGAUGGGGCCUAACGGCAGCGCACUGGUCAACUUCUGCCAGAGUCUGAACGAGGCCGUGCUGAAAAUAGUGGCCAUAGUCAUCUGGUAUUUCCCUUUCGGAAUCGUGUUCCUGGUGGCGGGAAAGAUCCUAGAGAUGAGCGACCCAUCAGACAUGGGAAAGAAGCUGGGCUUUUACGCCAUCACCGUGGUGAUGGGCCUCAUCCUCCAUGGCCUCUUCAUCCUGCCCAGUAUGUACUUCUUCAUCACCAAGAAGAGCCCCAUCGUCUACAUCAGAGGGAUCCUGCAGGCCCUGCUUAUCUCCUUGGCAACCUCUUCCAGCUCUGCCACGCUGCCUAUCACCUUUAAGUGCCUGCUGGAGAACAAUCACAUCGACCGCCGCAUCAUCCGCUUCGUAUUGCCUGUGGGAGCCACGAUCAACAUGGAUGGAACGGCACUCUAUGAGGCUGUAGCGGCCAUCUUCAUCGCUCAGGUCAACAAUUACGAGCUGGACUUUGGCCAGAUCAUCACUAUCAGUAUCACGGCAACAGCUGCCAGCAUCGGCGCUGCUGGGAUUCCACAGGCAGGUCUGGUCACCAUGGUGAUAGUUCUGACAUCCGUCGGCCUGCCCACCGAUGACAUCACGCUUAUCAUCGCUGUGGACUGGGCCUUAGACAGGUUCCGAACUAUGGUGAAUGUGAUGGGGGAUGCCCUCGCUACAGGAAUUAUGGCACAUAUCUGCAGAAAGGACUUUAUGCAAGAGGGAGAUGGGGUUCCCCUAAUUUGUGAGACUAAGCCCAUCAACAUUCAGCAGCUGAUGAACUGUCAGCAGAACAAUGGCAACUUCCAGCCUCCACCACCAGGAGGCAAGCCUGAGCAUGUCCCACCAGACGUGGCACGACUCAUGCAGCUUGAAGAGGGAAUGCGACCCCCACCUCCAGAGCGCAAAAAGCCUCCAAUUCCUCCUCGGCACCUCAAGCACAAAGACAAGGACCACUGCGCCAUUGACAUGAAUGGUCUGGAGACUAAUGUAUAG